UGGUCCCAGGCACUGUGUCCCAGGUUUUGGCGGUUUGGUUGGCCCAUGAUCCAACCUUUUUUAGUCUUCUUGAACAGAGCACAGAGUCAAAGCCGAAGGUGAUGAUUAUUAUUCGUCUAUCACCUACAGUUUUUUAUUUUUGACAUCGCUUUAGUUGAUUGAGACAUUAAGUCUGGUUAAAUUCAACUUUAUGUAUAAUAUGUUAUAAACCUUUGUAACGAAUAUUUUUCACCGUCAAUGACAACGAACUUGGAAGUGCUUGAAAACAUAUCAGAUGUAUCUGAUGUUUUAAUUGAAAAAAAUAACGAAAUUGCUGAAAAUGGUGAAACAUCAAAACAAGAAGUUGCAAAUUCUGCGAACGAGCAAAGUUCACAGAAUAUCAAAACAAAUGUUGAAUCCUCAUCGUUGUGCAAAGUAACUUGCACUACAGAGAAUGAAAACAAUAGAGAUAAUAUAAGGUAUUAUAUGGACUUCAGCAUGUCCCCUCACCAAAUAACUGGCUCAUGGAGUGAUUAUGAAACUUCUUCAGAUGAUAAUUUCCUCAAGGGUUGUAAAUGGUCACCAGAUGGAACAUGCAUUUUAACAUGUAGUGAUGACAACAUAUUGAAACUUUAUAAUCUACCUUACGAACUGUAUUCUAAUUUUGCUACUAUUAACACACUACCUGAAAUGAAAUCAGUUCUCGCAAUGAGAGAAGGAGAAACAAUUUAUGACUACAAUUGGUACCCAAAGAUGUCUUCUUAUGAGCCUGAUACAUGUUGUUUUAUCAGCAGUAGUCGUGAUCAUCCAUUACACAUGUGGGAUGCCUUUACUGGACAAAUGAGAUGUUCUUACAGAGCUUACAACCAAUUGGAUGAGAUAGUAUCUCCUCAUAGCGUGGCCUUUAAUUUGGAUGGGAGUAAGAUUUACUGUGGAUUUAAUAAGAUGAUAUGCAUAUUUGAUACAUGUCGUCCUGGUAGACAGUGCCAGUCAAGGCCUACAGUGAGCAAAAAACAAGGCCAACCUGGCAUCAUUUCAUGCAUUGCUAUAUCUCCAGAGCAAAAUGGCCUUUACGCGUGUGGCUCAUUUUCUAAGUCAGUUGGCAUUUAUUGUGAACAAAAAGGGAGUUUAUUAACCCUAUUGGAAGGACAUCAAGGUGGUGUGACACAUUUGUUAUUUUCUCAAGAUGGACUUAAAUUAUAUAGUGGAGCAAGAAAGGACAAUGAGAUUAUAUGCUGGGAUUUAAGAAAUCCAGGUGAUGUCCUUUUUGUAAUGAAAAGAUCAGUAAAAACAAAUCAAAGAAUGUAUUUUGAUGUGGACAGUUCAGGUAAGUACAUAGUGUCAGGAAACCAUGAUGGAACUGUGAGCAUUUGGGAUACCUGUGCAUCAUCAAAUGUCAUAUUACCAUGCCUUAUGACAUACAAAGGACACAACGAUUGUGUCAACGGAGUCAGCUUGCACCCAAGUCUGCCUUUCCUAGCAACAGCUUCUGGACAAAGAACAUUUCUCUUACCUGAUGAUGUAGAUUUUGAAAAUGAUGAUGUUGAAAUCAACAAAACAAAAGUAGACAAUUCUCUCAGGCUUUGGAGACUUAAUUUUCACACAGAAGAAAUGAUAAAUGUUGGAACAUGAGUAACACUAAAAUUAGUGGUACCUAGACAACAAUUAUUGUAUAAUAUCAGGAAGAACUUUGAAUAACAUAAAAAAUGAUGCUUGAAAAUUCUUUAUCACACAAAAGUCUAAUUAUUUUGUUUUUAUCAUUUUGUUAAAUAGUUCCUUAAUAUUGAUCUACUCAAGAUAACAUGUUGUAAAGUUGCAGAGUAUUUAAUGUAGUAUGUUAAAUUCUAUGAGUAAAGUGUAGUUAAGUUCUAAGACACAUCACCUGAUGAGGUUCACAAUUGACUCUUAACACUCUCCACAGAAUAGAGAUCAUUUCGUCUUUGUAAUGUAAUUGGAACUUGAUUACGAACAUCCUCUAAGUACUGAAGAUCUAAAAAUAUAUUUCACUUUUCAAUAAGUAA